AAGCCAACAGCAAUGGCCUUUUCCUUCGGCUUCUCUGAAGACAUAGCCAGCGAUGAUGACUCGCCAGUAGUGCCAGUACCUGCUACAGUCCAUUCUGUCCCCAGUCCUGUUGCCACUUCUCAGGUACCAGUCCGAUCCCACACGCUCGACGACUUGCUAGCCACACUCCCAGAGCAUCUGAGCUACAGCACCGUCCGCAUCGAGUCUCCCUUGGGCAAAAUCGUAUACUUGCCUCGCAGAGAGCUGUUUGAUGUGCGAGCCCAACUGUUACAAGAAAAUUCAUCUGCGAGCGAUCAAGUCGUAGAGAAUUUGGACAAAUCCGAUUUACGAUCGGGGAUUUACGAAGGAGGGUUCAAGACGUGGGAAUGUUCCAUUGAUCUUGCCAGUUUCCUUCUCGAUCGCGGACCAAGGAAAGAUAUUGAUGAAUUGGUCAAAUGCGAUCAGAUUCUGGAGCUCGGAGCAGGCAGCGCUCUUCCCAGCCUCAUCCUCUUCCGCCACGCAGUGCUACACUCCCUGAGUGAUCUCACAUUCACUCUCGCAGACUACAACGAAGAAGUUCUCCGCCUCAUCACUCUGCCCAAUCUCAUCCUGACCUGGGCAGCCGCUACAACCACAACCACCACAACCUCCCCAGAAAGCAACAGCAACAGCAACAACAGCAUGAAUUUCCCCCUCUCAGAACCCUCCAAUGGUGAUUUCGAACUCACCCCCUCCCUCCUCUCCAACUUCAAAACUUCCCUCCAAUCCACCAAUCUCACUCUCAAUUUCCUCUCUGGUCCCUGGUCUCCUGCUCUCGCGAAUCUCAUCCUUCCAUCUGCAUCCCCAUCCCCAUCCCCCUCUCCCUCUUUCUCUAUAGGAGAAAAAUCCCUCCUCAUCCUCGCCUCCGAAACAAUCUACAGCCCCACCUCGACCGCAGCAUUCGUCGAUCUCGUCACUACUUUGCUCAAGCGACGCGGCAGCGGCGGCAGUGGCAGUGGCAGUGGCAGUGGCAGUGGCAGUGGCAGUGGCGGAAACAUGGGCAAAGCGGUGUUGGGGGCGAAGAAGAUGUAUUUUGGCGUUGGAGGGUCGGUGGAUGGGUUGAAGGAAAUGUGUCGCGAUAGGGGCGCUGUGGCGUAUGAAGUGGAGAAUUCCGGGGUGAAGGGCAUGGAAGGGGAUGGAGUGGGGAGGGCGUUGGUGGAGAUUCAGAUGUUUUAGAGAGAGGGGAUGGGAUGACUUGGAGAAGAACUAGAUUUUCUGGAAUAUUACGACGAACCA